UUUCCACAAUAUCUUAUAGGCCAAGAGUGUCAAUUAUGGGGGAUUUGACACAAAAAAAUGUUGUGGAAAAUGAAAAUAAUGGAAGCAACAUAGGUGAGAUAAUGUUGAGAUUGUUACCUAUAGUAUUAUGUGUAGUGGCACUUGUCAUAAUGCUAAAGGAUUCACAAACCAAUGACUUUGGUUCACUUUCUUACUCUGAUCUUGGAACUUUUAGGUACUUAGUACAUGCAAAUGGAAUUUGUGCAGCUUAUUCUCUUCUAUCAGCUAUAGUUGCAGCUCUUCCUCAUCCUACAACAUUGCCUAGAGCUUGGACAUUCUUCCUCCUCGACCAGAUUUUGACGUACAUAAUGUUGGCUGCUGGAGCUGCAUCAACAGAAGUGAUGUAUUUGGCAUAUAAAGGGGAUACUGAUGUUACAUGGAGUGAAACUUGUGGUUCUUUUGGAGGUUUUUGCAAAAAGGCAACUGCAUCUGUGUCCAUUACAUUCAUUGUUAGCCUUUGUUAUGUUGGGAUUUCUUUGCUUUCAUCUUACAGACUUUUUAGCAAAUAUGAUGCACCAAUUGGACACUACAAUAAGAAAGGAAGCAUAGAGAUAAGCUAAUUAUUGAGAUGAAAUGGUAUGAUGUCAAAUGUUUUCGAGAUUUGAGCACUAGUUUUUUUUUGGUUUUGUUAUGUAAUAAACAUUAUUUUCUCUGUUU